CAAAAUAUUUCUCGGAAUAAUUUUAACAUCAGUUAUCUGCUAUAUAAGUUAGAAGUAACAGAUGCAUUAACGUUGCACAAUGUCGUUUAAAUUUCCCCAGCUGUGGUCAAAAGGUGGGCAAAUACCAGCGUUGUACACCCAAAGUACACUUUCGAAAUUUAAACACCUGAUAAAAUGGAGAAAAUCGCCAUCAAUUUUGGAAAUCGGCUUCGCCUCUGGAAGCAACAGUUCGAAAACGUUGAUUCCUCUACUUCCCGACGACUACAAAGAGUUUAUCGGUAGUGACAUUUCCGACGAAAUGGUCGAUUAUGCUAAGAAGGAAUUCAAGUUGCCCAGAUCAGAAAUCGUCAAGCUCGACGUUUGCCGAGAAAUUCCCCGCCAGUUUCGCGAACGAUUCGAUCACAUAUUUGGUUUCCACGUUAUCCACAUGGUGAAGGACCCAGUAAAAGCUUUCAAAAAUAUCAAGAGUAUGCUAAAACCGGGCGGAUCGACGUUUUUAACGUUCUACGAACGUGUUCCGAACGAAUUCGCUUUCGCGAAUUUGAAAAACAACCCGAGAUGGAGAAAGUACGAUCAUGAUGCGAUGAUACCACCAUACCAUUACUUGCUUAGUCCUUUAGAUGAGUACAAGAAGGACCUCGACGCUGUUCAAUUUAAGGAAACCGUUAUUCAAAAAGCGUACGAAUCCUACACUGCAAAAUCCGAGGAAGAUCAUAGUAUGUUGGCAGAUCUGUUAAAAGCCGCGAAUCCUAUUCCAUUGGACAUUCCUGAUGAAAACGAACGGGAAGAAUACAUGAAGGAAUAUUUUGCAGAAAUCUUUAAGGGACCAAUCAUAAAUGAAAUAGAAGAUAAAAAUGGAAAGAAAUUGACGAAUAUGACAACCUUGAAUAUGGUCGUAUACGCCACUAAAUAAAGAUAUUGAUUUAACUAUUGUUUUAAAUAGUAAACAU